AUGCCGCCAAAAGUCGAUCCCACUGAGAUUAAGAUCAUCUACCUGAGAGCCACUGGUGGUGAGGUUGGUGCUUCUUCGGCUCUUGCGCCCAAGAUUGGUCCUCUUGGUUUGUCUCCCAAGAAGGUCGGUGAAGAUAUCGCUAAGGCGACCAAGGACUACAAAGGAAUCCGUGUCACCGUCCAGCUCACCAUCCAGAACCGUCAGGCCGUUGCCUCGGUUGUCCCUGCUGCCUCGUCGCUUGUUAUCACUGCCCUGAAGGAGCCCCCAAGAGACCGCAAGAAAGACAAGAACGUCAAGCACAGCGGCAACAUUCCCCUUGACGAGAUCAUCGAGAUCGCCCGGAAGAUGCGUUACAAGAGUUUAGCCAAGGAGUUGUCGGGAACCGUCAAGGAGGUUUUGGGAACUGCUCAGUCCGUUGGAUGCCGUGUUGAUGGUCAGAACCCGCACGACAUCAUUGAGGCCAUUGACAGCGGUGAUAUCGACAUUCCUUCCGAGUAA